AUUUGAACUUGAAACCGGUUUAUGAAAAUUACUACGCGUUUAUUUCAUUCCAACGCUGGCCAUCGUAUCACAUUAUACUUAAAAUCAGAAGUAACAAGUGUAUUGUACGAUACCAACGUUGUUGUGUUUUUUACCCAAAAAAUUAUGGUUGAAAUAAACUUGGAAGACCCCGUUUUGAGGGGGUUUCUGUUCUACGUGAGUGUUUUGGUGGCUAAAGUAUUACUGAUGGCAUUUCUAACCGCUAGGCAGAGAUUUACCAAGAAAGUUUUUAUUUCAUCGGAAGAUGCAUCAAUGGCUACAAGGGCUUUACAAAUGCGAGAUGCUACAGUCAAAUAUGACGAUGAUGACAUUGAACGAGUUAGAAGAGCACAUUUGAACGAUUUGGAAAACAUUCCGGCGUUCAUUUUUAUCGGAUUCGUUUACGUUUUGACAAAACCUGAUCCAUUUGUAGCCUUGAAUAUAUUCAGGCUUUACACAUUGUGCAGAAUACUCCAUACGAUUGUUUACGCUGUAUUUGUCAUUCCUCAACCUAGCAGAGUCAUUGUUUGGACAAUCGGUUAUGCAUUAACGUUUUAUAUGAUCAUAAUGAGCGGUGUAACUUUCUUUAAUCCUUAAUUUAUAUAUGUAUUAAUAAUAAAGAAUCUAAAAACAAAAUGAAA